AUGCUGCUAGAUGCUAUGGUCGGCCACGAACGAGACCAAAGCCCGCAAUUGGUGGAUCUUGCCAGUAUCAACGAAAUUCCCGGAAACAUGCCUGCCCCGUCGAAGGAGACUAAGAAGCAGGCCGAGGCCAAUGGCCAAAACGGCGCCAACAAGCCACGGCCUCAUGUCUGUACCACUUGCGGUCGCUCCUUCGCGCGAUUGGAGCACUUGAAACGUCAUGAGCGCUCGCACACCAAGGAAAAGCCCUUUGAAUGCCCCGAUUGCGCACGAUGCUUCGCUCGCCGUGAUCUGUUGCUGCGGCAUCAGCAGAAGUUGCAUAUGACAACGACCCCAUCCUCGCGGCCCAGAAACGGUCGCAGAGAGAGUACGGGUGCUGCGGGUGCGGGUGCGGGCGCCAAUCGUGUGCGCAAGAACUCCAUCGCUAACAGCUCCGCUUCGAUGCGGCCUCGUGCCAACACGAUUAGCCACAUUGGUACAUCGGCUUUGGGUAUUCCUGAUGGAAGCAACCCAUCCUCCGCGCCCGGUCAAUCGGGCCACGCAUACCACCCCAGUCUUGGAACAUCAUUAGGUUCAAGUGUAGACUAUAGGGGCUUCAGUUCCGGUCAUCCACCAGUCAAUGGUCUGCCUAAGUUGGAAACGUCGGGACUUCCCAUGGAUAUGGCUGGUGGAUUGCGGACAGCUCCUGUUCUCCCCAAGGCUUUGGUGACUCCCCCGUCCUCCCCGUUCGGCCACCAACACCAUGGGAUGCCUCAUCCGGAUGCCAUGAUGGACGAGGAGAUGAACUUUGACUGGAUGAAUGGGUUCGAUGCGGCCGUCGUACUGGGGAACGGUAACGACUCGGUCAUCGACGAGUCUUCGCCGUCGGCAAUGAGUACGGGUAGUCAGAGCGGUAUUAGUGAGGCGAUGCUGGACGGACCCAACCGCAUUCCCAUCUCUAAUGGCUGGCACAACCCAUUCCCCGGACACACAGCGGCGUCCGCCAACCAAUUCGCGAUCGACUUUUCGCCGACGACGCUGAACGAAUUGGGGAUCCCGCCAGAGACCGUGUCGCCCAAGUCGCUGAUGGCCCAGAACCUGUUCGUAGAGACCUAUGCCACCCCUCCCUCCAUGACCUCGGUCGGCCAGCCCAUGAUGGGAGGACACUCGCAGAGUAUGUUUUCAUCCUCAAUGGCAACAAACGGAGAAUCUCCUAAUCCUCUCAACGUUCCUUUCCCGAAUAGUGCCCUACGAAGUCAACAUUCCCCAGUCUCAACGGAUACCUUUACAGACUCCACUCGACAGGCUCUACUAGCGAGCAUGUCCCAACCCACUGGCUUCAAUCACCGCAAGUACUCUCAGCCCGCUUCUAGUCUUCUCAGUAGUCGCGAGCUCUUCGCUCGCUCAACUGGCUUCAACACCUCCAGUCAACUGCCCAGCACCUCAGACAUGCAGCGCUAUAUCUCGGCGUAUAUCACCUAUUUCCAUCCCCAUUCGCCUUUUCUUCACAUCCCGACUCUCAACUUCCAGGCUCCCGAGUACACGAGCAACUUGCGCACACCGAGCGGACAUCUUAACCUCAGUUCGACUGGCGUUGCGGGAGGCGGUGGCUGCUUGAUCCUUUCGAUGGCUGCCAUCGGUGCUUUGUACGAGUACGAUACUGCUGCUUCGAAGGAUCUGUUCGAAGCCGCAAAGAAGAUGAUUCAGCUAUACCUGGAAGAGCGACGCAAGGCCGACAUGUCUGCCGCAUUGAGCCGUGCCAAUUCCGUCCGCGAUAACUCUGUGCACAACACUCCCCUUUGGUUGGUACAGGCUAUGCUGCUCAAUGUGAUCUACGGUCAUACCUGCGGCGACAAGACGUCUGCAGACAUUGCAAGUACGCAUUGCGCUGCUCUCGUUAGUCUGGCCCGCGCUGCAGAACUCACGCAUCACCUGGAUCCCAAGAACUUACCGCAAGAUCAUCUCAACACUGGAUUCAAUGCUUCAGACCCCUCGGAUACAGAUAACUGGACAUCUGCCUCUUUCGCCCAGCCAAAGGAACGGCGCGACUGGUUGAACUGGAAGGUGGUUGAGGAGCGGAAGCGUACACUCUACGCAAUUUUUGUCCUCUCCAGCUUCCUCGUUUCAGCAUACAACCAUGCGCCCGCCCUCACAAACUCCGAAAUUCGGUUGGAUCUUCCUUGUGAGGAGGAUCUCUGGGCGGCCGAGUCGCCUCAGGCUUGGAAGAAGAUGGGCGGACAGACAGCCACCAAGAACAAUGUGUCUUUCUCGGCUGCUUUGACUUCCCUUUUGACUGCCAGUCAACGAGAACACCAGAACAAGUCGUCAAACUUGUUCUUCAGUGGCGGUAGCACGGAUGACCCAACGAAUGGUGAGAACCGGCCAAGUACCUUUGGCUGUCUCGUUCUCAUAUACUCAUUGCACAACUAUAUCUGGGAGACGAGGCAAAGGCAUAUGGGCCGGCAAUGGACCGCCCAAGAAACAGAGGCUAUGCAAUCACACAUCGAACCAGCAUUGCGAGCUUGGCAGGCAGCUUGGGCGAGCAACCCCGUGCACAGCUUGGAGAGACCCAAUCCAUUUGGAGCGGGCCCGUUGUCUGCGGAUAGCAUCCCACUACUCGAUCUGGCAUAUGUUCGAUUGUUUGUCAACCUGGGUCGAUGCAAGGAAGCCUUCUGGCAACGUGAUUGGAAUGCAAUGGCAGAUGAGCUCGCGCGGGGAACGGAGGUCUUCCACCAAGCCGAUGGACCUAUCAACGACGUUUUGGAUCCAUCCCUCAACGGAUCCCUCGAUGCCAGGAGAGAGUCCGUGAACGACCUGGGCGUUGGCGAGCUGGCCAUCUCCCAAACGCUGACUCAAGAACAGCCCAUGCAAUCUCUCUCCGGCGUCUACAAGACCGGCCAAUCCAAGCGUGAGAAGCAUCUUCGCAAAGCAGCUUUCUAUGCCGCAGACUCAAUUUCCAUGUCCGACCGCCUCGGUAAUACUUUCGCGGAGUUCUCAUCUCGCGAGCUCCCCAUCCAAUGCGCAAUGUGUUCCUUCGACUGCGCACAGGUCCUCGCCGAAUGGAUCACUACCGUCCAAGAACGCGUCGGCCCAUACCUGGGUAUCCUCGGUCGUGAUGACAUCGACCUAACCCAGGUUCCCGGGGUGAUGCUGCUCGAAGACGAAGACUGCAAGCUGAUCGACAAAAUCAACGAGAUUCUAUCAAGCAUCGAGACGAAAAUGCAGCGCACCGUGCAGAACAGCAACUCCAUGUCUGCGCUGAGCGUGAUGCAGCGCCUGCCCAGCGUCGUCGAGGGCGGGUACGGGUGUAAAAUAUUGAUUGCCACGGCGAGUCUGCUCGAUCGAGCCGCCGUGUGGCCGGUGACGAAGUUGAUGGCCCGCUCGCUGGAGGCGCAGGCUAUGCGGAUGAAGGAGCGUGCGGAGCAUUCGUGCUCGCAUGCCAUUAUGAUGACUUCUUAA